GAACAUUGUGGAAUGUGUUGCCGUGUGUUGCCGGUCGUGUGGUAGCAGGAAGAAGCGUACUACCAAGAAGACUAAGAAUGGGUCGCAGCGAUGACUACUAUCCGCUCGGGGCGGUUUUGGGGCAGCAGCGUGGGGUUAGGCGAAAGAAAGCGCAUCGGGAUCCAUUCACAAGAUAGUUGUACCGCGCACCGCAUACACGCCGGCAGCAGAAAACGCGCGCCCCGGUCGACCGGAGAAAGACCGACCACCCUGUCGUUGGGCGUGUGUGUGCCUUUGGAACCGGCCGGUCCCUGGAUUUAUGGUUCGCACACCUACCGGCAUCGUACCAGUAUGGCCGGAAUAAUCUCGUACGGCAAUCGGAAACGGACACCGGACUGUUGCAGCCGCCCGAAACAGUUGCGCACCGGCGGCGGCAGCGGCAAACCGAAGAAGGACCGGCAGUCGCGCCGAACACGCGGAACCGCCGGCGGUGGGCGGGCAGCAGGAGCACGGCGACGGCGAAGAAGCGGUGAAAUUGUACGAAGAUUGCCGAAGCAUGCCGAGGCGCGGCUGCGUCUUGAAAGCCGCACCCGAGACGAUGAGCUGGUGGAUGCGCUUUCGAACGCGAAAAAACGGCCACCCAACGGCUUUCGAACUUCCAUUUUGAAACUCGUUGACAGCACGUUUGACGCAGCACUAUGGGAUCGCGCUGGUCGGCCGGCGGACAUAUUUGUGGCAGCAAAUAAACAAGACGUCGUGAAUGGUGCAGCUGGCGACGGCGACGGUGGUGGUAGUGUUGUUGGUGCAAGUAUUAUGUGCGAAAAUAACUCCGGCCCGGGCCAUGGCGCGGGUGGACGCAAGCGGGGCCACCAGCAUCAUCCCCGCUUCGGCGGUACGCGGCAGUCGACCGUUCCGGCCGAGGACGUGAUAGCGGCCCUGCGCGGUGCCUUCGACGGUGGCAGCAACUCGCUGUCCUCGUCGUCACUCUCAUCUUCCGCAUCGUCCCUGAACGUGUCGAUUUCGGGUGGUGGUGGUGGUGGUAGUGGUGACAGAGCAGUGACGGCCAAUGAUGGCAGCAACAACAACAACCCUCUGGCCACCGAGAAGACAACGUCGUUUGCCACUCGGUCCGAUGAUAACGAUGCAGAGCUGUUGGAUGAGUACGAUAUUGGAACAGAAGCAAUAGCAACAACACCAACAACAACAACAGCAGCAAUAGCAACAGCUGACAUUGUAAAUAGUAACAUCGAGAACAGCAGCAUCACAGCCCUCGGGGCGGCACGGUGGAGCGGUGAACCGAGCAAGGAAAACACCCCGGAACCGGAACAGGACCGACUGAACAACAAUCGCAGCAUCAGCAGCAGCAGCAACCGUAGCAGCGUUAGUCCAAAACAUGUGAUACUCUUUGACGAGGCGGCCGGCGAUGCGGACGGGCGACCCGCCCUGCCAGCAGGGCCACCGUCCCGGACGACCGAGCCGGACGACGAGGAGAGCAUAGAGCUGAAGCUGGACCAGAUUACCAGCGGGAAGGAGCUGGUGCAGCAGAUCAGCAAGAAGCUGAAGCGCAGCAAGCGCAGCCCACAGUCGGACGAUGCCGGCGGAGCACCACCGGCCAGCGGCAAGAAGAAGUCAUCGUCCACCGGCAAGAAAUCCUCAUCGAAGAUCAGCAGCAGCAGCGGCGGCACCGGAGCGGACGGAGGGAAGCGGAAAAAAUCGAAAUCAUCGGCAGCGGCGGCGGCAGCGGCGGCGGCAGCGUUAGAGCAGCGGGCAUCGGGGGAUGGCGCGUCGUGCGGCGACCUGGAUGCGGUGAUCGGGGGGCUGCUGGGGGCUGCCGAGUACGGUGGCGGGCUGGCGGGUGACUACAAGGAGCAGCAGCCGAACGACGAGAACGAUCCGGACGUGGCGGAAUGGGCGAAGCUGCGGUGUACGAGCGAGCGGACCGAGGUCAUCGCGGAGCGGGAACACCGAAGGCAGAAGCGCUGCGCCGACUAUCCGGGGCUGGCGUUCGGGCGGUCCAUCUUUAGCUCCGACACGAUGAUGAAGUUCAACAUCAUACGGAACGAGCUGCACAACAUCAUGAAAACGCAGCUAAAGCGGGCCGAAUCGGAAGUCGCCGCUCUGAACCGUCGCAUUCAGCUGCUGGAGGAGGAUCUCGAACGUUCGGAAGAACGUUUGGCGUCCGCCACCGCUAAGCUGUCAGAGGCUUCGGCCGCUGCCGACGAGAGCGAACGGAUCCGGAAAGCGCUUGAAAAUCGUACAAACAUGGAAGACGAUAGAGUAGGCAUACUGGAGGCACAGCUAGCCCAGGCCAAGCUAAUAGCAGAGGAAGCAGACAAAAAAUACGAAGAGGUGGCCAGAAAACUGGUGCUCAUGGAACAGGACCUCGAGCGCUCGGAGGAGAAGGUCGAGAUGAACGAAAGCAAGAUCGUCGAGCUUGAGGAGGAGCUGCGCGUGGUCGGUAACAACCUGAAGUCGCUGGAAGUCUCGGAAGAAAAGGCAAUGGCAUCUCGUGAUUCCGUUGAGGAUAAGAUCCAUCAGCUGAAUGAUAAGCUAACCAACGCUGAGGCCCGCGCUGAAUUCGCUGAACGUUCCGUUCAGAAGCUGCAGAAGGAGGUCGACAGACUCGAAGACGAGCUGAUCGUCGAGAAGCUCCGGUACGCCGAAAUCGGCGACGAUCUGGACUUUGCGUUCGUCGAUCUCAUCCCCGGCAUCGACCCGAUCUGGACGGAGCGCCGCCCGAAGCCGAAGACGCCGCCACCACCGCCGAAGCUGCCGACGCCACCACCACCACCGCCAGCACCGAAGGAGGAAGCGGCUGCCGCUGCCGGCGGCGAGGGUGAGGCUGCGGCAGCGGGCGGCGAGGGCGCCCCGGCCGGCCCGACCAAGGCCCGCACGCCGAGUCCGUUCGAGCUGCGCAAGCACUUCCCACCGGAGGCGGCCGAGGUGCCGUACGUCCGCUCGUCCACCGGCACGACGCCAAAGUCGUCCCCGGCCAAGGAGGUGGCACCGGCUGAGGCGGCUCCCGCACCGGAAGCAGCGGCCCCAGCGGAGGCACCGGCCGAGGGUGGUGCGGAUGCGGCCGCCCCACCGGCGGAAGCAGCAGCCCCGGCAGCGGAAGGAGAGGCGCCGGCUGCUCCAGCGGCGGAAGGAGAGGCGGCUGCCCCAGCACCGGAAGCAGCAGCGGCACCAGCAGAGGAAGCGGCUCCCCCAGCGGCAGAACCGGCACCGGAAGCACCAGCCUCGUAAAGAAGAAGACUGCCCGAUAACCCUUUCCCCCCACUCCCGGCCCGCUGUUGAGUUGGCUCUUCCGGUACCACUUCCUGCUUUUGCUAAACUCCCACCCCAUGCCAAAAUACCCGUACGCUCCUUGCGCUUGUGUUUGUGUGUCCGCCCGCUACAAAACCUGUCCUCUGUAUCUUUUGCUGUUGUUGUUUUUGCUACUUUUCUUUUGAAAGCACAAUACAUGCGCGAGAUUUUUUUUAUUAUAAUCCAGUAACAAUAAACCGAUUAAAAAAAAAGCUGUAUCCAACUAUCGCACACUGACCACCGGAUAGGGAGCAAAAGACCCCACAACAGGCCGAUUGGGAUACUGAACGAACCACGGUCCGAUUGGAAUCGGAUGCGCGUGUUUGAAAAGCUCUCUUUUUUGCCGCCACUGUAACCGCUCUUGCUGAUAACACCCCAAAGCGCCAAUGAGUGUGUGUGUGUGUGAAAGCUGUCUCGCUUGCCACUAGGCUAGGUAACAUAGCAACAACACAUACAUUGGGAUGGCUCCCACCCGACACGAUCAUCGCCGCUGCUAACUAGAUCCAUUUGAUACCAUUGAUUCUUAUGUUCCGAAUUUCCGAUUUCUGUUUCUUUCGUCGACGUGUAUCUGUGUGUGUUUGUGUCACUACUAUCACAACCUCACAUCGUCCCAUCCUGUCACUACUAUCCGAUCAACCUUGGCCGAACAACACUCCGCUCCUGCAGACGAACUCGUCAUGGAGAAGGAGAAGUACAGGGAAAUUGGAGACGAUCUCGACACCGCCUUCGUCGAGCUCAUCCUCAAGGAAUAAG